CCGCCACAUUCGGAUUGGCGGAUCCGCGCGCCCCACGGCACUCUGAUUGGUGGAGUCGCUCAGGUUGUGGGUCGGGGGCUCCGCGCUCGGCUCCUUCAGCUCAGCGCUCGGCUCCUUCAGCUCAGCGCUCGACUCCUUCAGCUCAGCCCCCGCCUGGCUACAGCAGGGCCGGGGCAGCACGGCCACUAGGCCUUCGGACUCGUCUGUAGCUGGGCGCUCCCGUCGCUCCCGGUUCCGCCGUACCCCUCUCCACGACCUGAGUUGGGCAUGUUUUCCAGGGCCCAGGUGAAGCGGAUCCUGCAGCGGGUGCCCGGGAAGCAGCGAUUCGGCGUCUACAGGUUCCUGCCCUUUUUUUUUGUCCUGGGAGGAACGAUGGAGUGGAUCAUGAUUAAACUGCGUGUGGGCCAGGAGACCUUCUAUGAUGUCUACCGUAGAAAAGCCUCAGAACGACAGUAUCAGAGAAGGCUGGAAAAUGCAUCAGAGACUGAACUUCAGCCGUCAAUAAAGUGAAUAUGAAAUUUCACUACUGAUUUCAACUCCUUUGAAAA